AUGAUUUUUAUUACAACAAAGAUCAUUGUUGGCAUUCAUGUCUUGAUAUAUUUUGGUACGAGUCUGGUCGUUUGUAAUAAUGAUAUCCCGUUUUGUCGCAAGCGGUUGAAAGAACUGAGAAAAGACGAGAAAGACUGGAGUGGAAGAUGCUUGAAUGGUGAAGGUGAAAACCUUGAUACACCCAGCUGUGAAGCAGAGAAAGAAUACAAUCACGAGAGGAUGUGUAUGUACACAAAGAUAUGCUUUUAUAAAGGUAAUAUUAGACUGUAGCUUAAGUUACUUAAGUACAGGCGCCUUAAUGUUUAUAUUUCUCUGAUGCAUCAAAAUAAAGUCCAAUGGUAAUAAUGCUUAGAUCCAGGAAAGAAUUUAUAUUUCCAGUUGUGAAAAGUAUUUCUUUAAUUAAGCGCAUUAUGCAUGCUAAUUAUAAAAUAAUUUCAGUAAAGUCCAGAUUCAAGAGAGUAUUUUGCUUUCAUAAUUCCUUUUAAAACAUAAUUCCUUUUAAAAAGAAUACUGUUGAACCAAAACUUUUGAAGUUAGGUGAAUGUGAUUAUUCAUAAUAUUUUAUUUUUUUCGAAUUAAAUUACUUCGAAGUCAAAAUAUCCGCCAUAUUGAAACGUCAAUGUUGCCAUAGCAACGUUAUAGUUCGGUAACUUUAGUGCACAAAUUCAAACUCUUUAGAUUUUGUUUUACAUUUUGUUUUACUUAAGGCGCUCUUUGUUUUUCAACAGGCAAUAAUUGUCCAAUACUACAGAUCUAAAUCGUAAAUUUUCCAAUUUUUAAAAAACUAUCGAGCAACAUCGAUCGUCUUCGAUCAUCUGACAAAAAUCGUUCGAAAACCAGUGAUAUACGCCAUUAAUAAAGUGAAGCUAUCGAAGUAUAUCACUGAGCUAUACAUAGAAGCAUAUUUGGAGAUUAAAGAAAAGCGGAAGACCUCACAUGAACAAACCCCUUGUAACAAUUGUGUGCGUGCAUGGGAAUAAUAUUUUUGCAAAAGCAGGGCAUUCCAUUGAUGUUGAUGUAACUUUUCCGUGCGCAGACCAUAUUUCCCGCAAAAAAUGUUUCUGGUGGAUAAACUUAGAGAAAAUUUUUGACAUUUUGCUUACAGUCGUGCCAAUAGAAGCGUUCCGAAAAAUGUUGACCAGUUCAUUUCCUAACUUCGUGGAGUUCCUCUGAACAAUUCCUCAACAAUUUGAUAAGUUCCUUAAAAAGUUCCUAACUUCCUGUUUCAUUGACCAAUCAGAUUGCUCAAAAAUAGAAUAUAAAAUUUGAUUGGUCAAUGAAACAGGAAGUUGGGAACUUUUUAAGGAACUUAUCAAAUUGUUGAGGAAUUGUUCAGAGGAACUCCUCGAAGUUAGGAAAUGAACUGGUCAACAUUUUUCGGAACUCUUCUAUUGGCACGACUGUAAGCUGAUUUCUGUCGUGAUAUUUUACAGGUAAACUACAUGAAGCGUUCCUCUUUUGACUUCCUAACUCAUUUGGAAUUUUCCUCAUUAGCUUUGCAAAUUUGAAAAACUCUUUGCAAAUCCCUUGAGGGAAUUUGCAAUGUUCAUAUCGGCUGUUGCAAUAUUCCAAUGCAAACAAACUUCAUUUUAAAUUUUCCUAACUUCCUGUUUUAAUUUCCUAACUUCCUGUUCUGUUCUGAGCGUUGUUAUUGGUCGAUUAUUUUCGUUAGCCAAUUGCAACGCCCAGAACACAACAGGAAGUUAGGAACUUGUAACAGGAAGUUGAGAACUUCUAACAGGAACUGAGGAAAAUUUAAAUGGUUUUUAGCAACAUUGCAAAUUUCCUCAAGGGAUUUGCAAGGGAGUUUUUUAAAUUGCAAAGGUAAUGCGGAAAAUUGCAAUCAAUUUAGAAACUCAAAAGAGGAACGCUUCACGUAGUUUACAUGUAAUACAUGCAUGUAUAAUUUAUCUUGUUAGCAUAGUAAGGUUUCACUUUUCACUCUUUAAGGUGAUUCAUCAGUUUUGCAUUGCUCACUUUUACUGCGCAUAUCUAAUAACAAAUUCUAGCUAAUAAAUGUAGUCGAACUGCAAUGUAAAGUGAUAAAGAAAGAGUAAGCGCAAAGAGAAAAACACACUGCAUUGAUUAGGCGUGCUUCAGGAAAUAUAUACCUUCAAAAAUGACAGGACUCUGGCUAGGGCUCGCUGUGCAACUAACACUAAACCACAUCAUGUUGCAUGUUUAACCCUUGUAUCUCUUUAAGAAGUCCGUGACCCUACUUUUUUAUUUUAUAUUGUUCUUCUACGUUUUACAUGAAAUAAGAGAAAAAUCGUUUCUACAACUUAUUAUAUUCUAUACAUUUUUCGCGCAUGCUUCCCAAAAUAACAUGUCUGAGAAGAUGGGGAAAAACAUCUUUGCACCACGACAAUGCACGUCAAUGCUUUUUGAUUCGCUAAAAUACCUUGUUUUUUUUUAUAUAAUCACCAGGUAGACAUUUUUAGUAGGAUCCUUGUUAAAAAAUUCAGUAACGGUUGAGCAAUUGCGAUUGUUUCUGUAACUCGUAAAAUGGUCAAGAUGGCGCAAUAUGGGGGAAAAGGUAACAUAUUGCACUUGUCAUAUCUUCGAAACGAGUUCGGUGACCCCGACUUUUUUUCUAUUCUUACUAUGAGCAUAUCAUAAACUUCUCCCCUGGCAAGUUUCAGCAAGCGCUUGUGUUUAUGAAGCGAUCUUAUAACAACAGUUCAAUGCAUGAACUGUACAAAUAGUCUGUACUGAUGUGUCGCUCUUUCUCAGGACCCUAUGCUGAGCCCUACUUGCUGAUCAAAUCCAAGUCUGAAAUCCACGCCAUUGAUUUGACAACCCAGGACAGAACUGUCGUCAUCGGUGGAAUUGCAGGCAGGGCGAUGGAUAUUGACACAGUGGACAACAAAUUAUACAUCGCAGACAGCAACAGCAUAUCCCGGGUGAACUUGGAUGACAUAUGCGUAGAAGUCAUUUUACAGAAUGUUCGUGUUCGUGACAUCGCAGUCAAUUGGUUGGCACGAAGUAUUUUCUGGACUGAAUAUUUAGAAAAGGAGAUUUUCGUUGCGGGUUUUGGUGAUAAAAAGAAAAGAGUGCUUAUGAAAACAACGAGUUACCCGUCCCGUAUAGCAUUUGAUGCAACAUUGGAGUAAGUUUUACGAUUUGAAGAAUAUCUUUAUGAUGUGUUAUUUGAAGACGAAUCAUUGCGAGUCGUGGCGUGGUGGCGGCGGUGGUUAAGCUUUUUUGGCUGAGUCGGACUUCAGUGUGGUUUCUAUUCUGUGACGCAGAGAAUAUGCUUAGCCGAUUAAGUCUUUUGAACGACGAAUGUAUACACACUGUCCAUAUGGAGUUCUGUAAUAAGUUCUUUGUAGGUUUUCAUAGCGAUAGUAAAUAUAGGGUUUUUUGUGGAAACAACAAUUUAUUAUUGCCUUCGAUGGGUGCCAAUAAUAUAUGACUUGUUUCAUAACUUCACUUUCAUUCCCACGUCGGGAUAGUCUAUAUGGCGCGGGUCGUGAGUCAAUAGAAAUGGCGCGGGUCCAGCGAAAAUGGCGCGGGUAACAAGUUCCGCCAUAUAGACUAUCCCUCGCACGUCCCUUUAUAUACCAAAAGCGUCGUGAUCUGCUUGUUCGCAUCAUUUUAAAGUUAAUUAAACUGUCACAAUCAGUGAGUUCACUGGUCACAAUCGGCCACGCCAUGAUUCUCAAUGAUUCGUCAUCUAAUAACACAUCAUAAAUAUAAUCUUCAAGGGACGGUUGUUCAAUGAAAUGAAUCGAUGAAUCGGUAAAAAAUUAUACGUUGUCACAUCAGCCACGUCGUUCGGCCAAACCCCUUAGAGUUCAAUGUUCCAAACGUAGGUUCUAAUUAACGCGUGCGCUUUGCAGUGUAAAGUACUAAAGAAAGCCAGCCACGUACUGUCCACUGCAUACUUUCCUUCUCAAUCUAUAGCAGUGGUGUUUUUUAUGUUGUGCUUAAUUCUAAUCUUUUAUGAUAUGACAUCUUUAUUUUCACACCAAGUCCAUUCACAAUUACAAAUAUAUGCUCUUCCAUGGAGACGUGCAUUUAACUAAUAUAAAAUAUAUAAAUAUAGGAAAAACUAAACUACUUAUAAAAAUAUGUACAUGCAAUAUAUGAAUUUACGAGUUGAGAGACAUAAACUCACUCAGAGACUGUGCACUGGAUAUUUGGACGGGUAUGUUCCACAAAAUUGCACCUCUAUAACUAAAACUUUUCUUACGAGAUUCUGACAGGGGUCUAGGAACAAAACAAUUAUGAUUUGCCCCACGUAAGUUAUGCUCGUGCACUGAAGAAGUGCGGAUGAAUUUAUUGGUUAAAUAACUAGGAACCAUAUUAUUGGCCGUCUUAUACAUUAAUUUCUUAAACUGUAGGGCACGCCUAUCUUCUAGAUUAGUCCAGUUCAAUGACCUUAAAAUUUCAGAUGAGCGAGUGUAAUAAUCAGAACCAGUAAUGAUUCGCGCAGCUCUGUUUUGCAUUUGUUGGAGCUUUUGCCCUAGACACUUAGCCAGGUUAUCCCAAGUAACACUUUAUAUUGGAAUGAAGCGCUUUCAUGCAGUACAUUUUCCUAGCUUUCAACGGCUGGCGGGGAGGUAGACAACUUGUAUGCAGGGUACCCUGAUUUGUAUCGAUGGAAGCAAAACAUAUUCAUUAUCCAGCUCGCCGGCACAGUGUGACAUUCAAUAACAUGGUAAACUCAUGCAUAAAGUCUGUCUCGAAUAGUAAAAUAUGUACAUUCCACAAUGCGUGUGUUUAGAAUCUUUAUAUUUCAUAUUGAUUACAGAAUACCUUUCCUACGCCCAGCCGUUCGGCAUUUUCCUAGGAAUAUAUAGUAAGAUAUAGUUAUUUAGUAGCAACAUAUUUAACAAACAGCCAAUCUGAGGAGAAGGAAUUAUACUAAAAAGAAUUCUAAGUUAUACCCGUCUUUUAACAUUAUCGUCUCUCGUUGCUCCAUAGGUAUUUGUUUUGGACAGAGCCUAUUGCAAAGUUUGUACGGCGAAUAAGUUUGGUUUCUAAUGACAUUGUAACGUUGGCAAACCGGAAGUUCUCAAAGUCUUACACUAUUACUCUUGAUUGCACCAAGAAACGGGUUUACUGGCUCGGGAACGAGAUUCAAUCCGGCGUUCACCAUAUUUUUUCAAGUGAUUACACUGGCUUGGACCAGAAAAGUAUUGUAAGUGGAUCAUUGAAUGAUUAUUUAUUCGGCGUGCUUGGAGAUUCACUCUACUACCUGAACAACGAUUUAUUCUAUAUAAAUGAGAUGAAUGUAUCCAACGGAAUUGUAUCCCGUACUAUUCUGGUGGACAACAAUACAUAUUAUGAUGACCUGAUCGUUGUACAUAGCUCGAUACAGCCUCGAGAGCGAAUGGGUGAGUUAUAA